GAUGAUCAAGACCUUCAAGCACCAGUUUUUCCUGAGGACUUUUCAGAUCAUUUUGAUGGAAGCAUUCAUCCUGAGGAAUUUCUUCAUGGCAGCCCUAACACAAGAGAUGCUGCGGUUACUGAAGAUUAAAGGGAGUGGGUAUUCGCAAGUUCAGGAUCAUGAUUUUGAAAUUCCGGAAGCUUUGAAUGACGAGGGUCUGGAGCCUUCAGCUCCGGUCAAGAGCGAGGAACAGAAAUCAGUCCCUCCAGGGGUCUUGUGGCUGCAAGGGAAACAAGCAGAGGUUGACGCUUCCCAGAUGGUCUUGGAGGCUGUCAACAAGAAGCGUAGGCUGAACUUGGCUAGACAACCCUGGCAAACCAAGCCCUCUCAUCUUCAGCAAAGCUACAACAUGCUUUUCAAGGGCCUUCCUGAUUUGGGGGUACACGAGACCCUCGCGAACACAAUUGGAAGAGAUGUUUUGCCGGAACCAUCGGACAGGGUCCCGUGGACGGUUACUAGAAGAUUGGCCAAGCUCCGCGUCCCGAAAACGGACGCAGACAUCAGGGACAGUGCUUUGAGGAGGCUCAAGACUCUGGUGCUCCUAGAUCCAGAGGCCACGGCGCUUGGAAGCAGCUUGGUAGAUCAAGGGAAGGCUGCUGCCGAUGAGGACAUCAUGCAGAGUUUGUCUGAUGCAUUCAGGGGAAAAGCUUCUUUGACAUUGCAAAAACGUUCGCUGUCUUUGCAAUCAUUUGUGGUGCGUUCCUAUGAUGCUUCUCUGGAUUCUCCGUGGCGCCUCGGUGAGGGGCAGAUCUAUAGCCUCUUCUCGGACAUCCGGGACGGAGGGUCCAAGGCGUCCACUGCGUCGCACAUUCUUGAAGCAUUGAGGUGGAGCGAUUCGCAAAACAUCAUAUCCCUUCACCUCACGGCAGAAGGUGAGGGGCAGCUUCUCAUAGCGGAGGCUUUGGGUUCCAAGACCUCAACGACUGCGGAGGCCAAGACGCGGCCAUAUGUCUGUGUGGCGGCCGGGGUGAGUAACACUCCGUGGGCAUACCACUGGCUGCAAGCUAGGGAGAGAGAGGGGCUUGGCUUCGACUGGGGCUGCUUACCUUCGUGGUCACAGAAAUGGGGCUGUUGGAGUCAAGAGCGCAUGUCUUCUGAGGAAGCUGCAGACAUCCUUCUGGAGGUGUUGACGUCUCUGGAGAUGCCGCCAGGGCCUGAUGAAUCCAUUGGCACUCACAGCUUCAAGACCAAGACCACUCUCAUUACGUGGAGUGGAUGGUCGUCUGCAGUUACUUUCUCUCCUAAAGAAAGGCUUCUCAUGGGUCAUCAUUUGAGAAAGGGGGGAGCAUCUUCUACACUUAUUUACAGCAGACAAUAUUACAUCAACCUGGCAGGGAAAUUGUUGGCGAUGUUCCGGACCAUCAGGCGGGGGGACUUUGAUCCCGAUUCUGAGGUGUCAGACAGGGUGGCAGCGAUAGCCACCGCAUUCGCAGAAGAGGGUCCCUCCAGGGGCCACCAGCCGAGGCAGGUUGAAGAGCACCAGGAGGGGGCGGCGGACGUCGAGUCCUCGGAGUCGGCAGAGUCAGCUGUUCCUUAUGCUCCUAUGCCCCGGGCAGGCAACAUCAUCAGGUACAGGGAUUUUGAAGAAGACGAUGCGGAUGACCCAGACACCUGCCAUCAGUGCAGGAGGCAGGAGGGUCAUGUCAGGCUCGCCGACCGGUUCGAGGGGCAGCUGCAGAAGCCCAUCGGGGCCGAGAAGCCCAUGGAUUCAGCUUUGCGCGAACUGUCAGAAAGCCACGACACCAAUCAGAGGCCGUUCGGGGUCUCAGGGGCCAGACCUCGUGGCCACGUCAGAGGUUCCCUCAAGGGGUCCGUCAUCGCAGAGUGCAAGCCUCUCUUCCCGGACAUUUCUUCAGUACGAUCACAUGGUUUCACAACACAAAGACCGAUUUGCAUGUUGAUUCUAGGAACCAUUCUUGAUCUCUCGUCACCUGUGACUUUCAACGCUUAUCAGUAUGCGCAUCAAACAGGUGCGCCUCCUUUGGCGACAAGCGCCUGGGUGUACGAGCUUUUCGCAGGCACUGCAAGGUUCAGCAAGAUUGACUUGACGUCGUCAGCAGCUCAGAAGAUUUUCUGGGACAUUAUGGCUUUGGGAUUUUUGGAAGGUCCCUUUACUGAGAAGGAGGUGUCGGGUUUCUUCCACACGGAGGACUGGAAUUGCAUUCGCAGGUUCCUGAUUCUCCAAGGAGCCGAGAAGAAGCCCAGGCCGAUCGAUGAUGGCCACGAAGCCUUGAUAAACAACUGCUGUACAUCGACGAUCAAGCUUGAGCUGCAAUCCUCUGACUUUGUCACCUGCAUGGCGAAGACGUUGGCUCGCUGCGAAUCUGAACGAUCAAAGCUGAACAGCACUUCUUUCAGACGCUGGCUGGGAAAGUGCCUCGAUCUCUCCAACUCCAAAGCUUACAAGCAGCUCCCGACGAAGAAGGAGCACAGGUCCCUCGCGGUGGUGUAUCACAAGUCUGAGUCUGGUGAGGACCAAUUCUUCGUCACGAAUAGCCUCAUGUUCGGGCUUACAUCUGCUGUCUACGCUUUUGUCCGUACCAGUCGUAGCAUACAGAAGUUGCUUUCGAAGCUGUUCAUGUUGCCGUCCUCGGUAUAUUUUGAUGACUAUCCGAUGUAUGCGACCGAGGGGACAGCGGAGCAGACAGAUUUGAUCAUUUCUGAAUUCCUGGACAUUUUGGGCUGGGCCCACGCAAAGACAGGAACCAAGGCCCAGCCCUUCAACGACGUCUUCUCUGUUCUCGGAAUGCAAAUCGAUUUAAGCCGGAUGGCCGAUGGGAGCAUCGUCCUGUCGAACAAACCUGGACGCGUUGAAAGAAUCAUCGACAGACUUUCGUCUGUCGCUUCCGAGGGACGCCUCACUGGUCACGAAGCUCAGGUGCUCUUGGGCCUUUUGAAUUUUUCAUCUGGGUUUUUCGCAGGCCGCGCUUUGAAGCAAUCCUGCAAAUGGCUCUCGGGUUACUUGUCAGGAGACAGACCGACAUCAGCCGUGAUCAAGCAGAUGUGCAACCACGCCAUACAGGUGCUGCAAAAUACCCCUCCUCGUUUCAUCGAUUGUGGCCCGUCCGACGAGGCGCCGGUCCUAGUUUGGACGGACGGCUCCUGGGAACCAUCGACGGGCUUUGCAGGGAUUGGCGCGGUUGUGCUUGAUUCGAAAGGUGGUGCUGCCUCUGUCUAUGAAGGAGUGGUGCCUGACCUUUUGCUCAAACGAUGGCGAGACGAAGUAGGCGACCAAGUGAUUUGUGAGAUUGAGUUGUACGCCUUGCUGAUGCUCAGAGUUGGCCUGCAAAACAUCCUCUCUGGACGGAAGGUUAUCUUUUUUAUCGACAACGAUGCAGCACGUUCAGGGGUGAUACGUGGUCAAAGCAAGAGUCAAGCGAUGCAUCGCUUAGCCUUGGCUCUGGCUGCGGUUGAAUCGACUUCGCCAUGCAUCUCUUGGACAGAAAGAGUCCCUUCGGCGUCCAACAUAGCCGAUCUUCCUUCGAGAAAGGAGGGCUGGAAGGCACAGAGGAUUGUCAGAGCUGCAAGUGUCAGUCCCUUUUUCGAGGAUCUCUCGCUGCUGAAAGCUUACCUGCUCUGA